UUCCAAAAACGUCAUUUUUGCAAUUCACCCUAGUAGAAAUACCGAAAUAACCUAAUUACACAAAAAUACAAAAAAAAUUUGCUAGAGAGCCACCAUUGUCUCUCUCCCCGUCUCUCCUCAGAAUUGGUGUCUCUCUUGUCAAUAACCACGGUUCUCCCGUAACGGGACCGUAAAACUGCAUCCUCUCCGACUAGUUUCAUCGCCUUUUCCUCUGCCUAUAACAUUCUCCGGUUUAGUAUCUCUGCUUAAGUAGAGAGUAAUUAUGGGCUCUCGAGGAAAUGUGGCUGAGGAUAAAAAUGUUUCGAGUAAAGUGAUUCGAAAGAAGGUGAACAACACUGUGUCAAUAGCACUCAAGAGAUAUAAGAUUGAUAGUUAUAUCUUACUGGAUCUUGAUAAGGUAUUAAAUGAUGUCUACUGCUCUUUUCGACCGGUUUCUGCUGAUUACAAUACUAGGAAGGAAUUGGUCAAAAACCUUAAUACUAUGGCUUUAGAUAUUUAUGGUAAUGUAGUCUUUUUUUCUAUCUUAUUUAGCUUAGUGAUAUCGAAAGUUAGCAGAGGGUUUAUUUAGUUUAUGUGUUCAUUAGGUAAGUCUGAAGAGAGCAGCCCGGUCCUUGAGGCGUAUGGGUCUUUUGUGAUGGAUAUGUAUUCAUCUCAGAGUGAUUUAGAUGUGUCUAUUAACUUUGGUAAUGGAACAUCUGAGAUUCCUCGUGAAAAGAAGCUCGAGAUACUUAAAAGAUUUGCUAAGAAGCUCCGUUCUCUGCAGGGAGAAGGGCAGGUUAAGAAUGUUGAAUCUAUCUUCUCUGCUAAAGUGCCAAUUGUCAAAUUCUCUGAUCAAGGGACUGGUGUUGAGUGUGAUUUGUCAGUCGAAAAUAAAGAUGGCAUUUUAAAUUCACAGAUCGUUCGCAUCAUAUCUCAAAUUGAUGGCAGGUUUCAAAAACUUUGUCUGUUGGUUAAGCAUUGGGCCAAAGCUCAUGAAGUUAACAGUGCGCUACACCGAACCCUGAAUUCUGUAUCUAUAACAUUGCUAGUCGCUCUUCACUUACAGACUCAAAAUCCUCCCAUUUUACCUCCAUUCUCUAUGCUAUUGAAAGAUGGAAUGGAUCCUCCUAACGUGGAGAAAAGGGCACAAAAGUUCUUAAACUGGGGACAGCGUAAUCAGGAAUCUCUGGGUAGACUGUUUGCAACCUUUUUUAUUAAGUUACAAUCUGUAGAAUUCCUUUGGAGACAAGGGCUCUGCGUCAGUGUGCUGAAUGGUCUUUGGAUAUCUAAAAAGUGGAAAAAAGUUGGCGUUGGAUCCAUUAGUGUUGAGGAUUUUACCAACAUAUCUCAAAAUGUCGCAAGACGGGUUAAUGGUGCAGGAGCCAAAAAGAUAUACAGCUCCAUAAACAGAACCGUUGAAGACAUCUUUGAAUUCCUCAAUGACAAGGUUGCUGGAACAGAUCUCAGACAUAGGUUGUUUGGCAAAGGAUCUGUUGUGCAGAUUCCUCCUGUGGCGCCACUUAAUGGAAAGACCGCUGGAAUACACAAGGUGUCUGGCCAACAAGCUGUGGUGCAGCCUUCUCCUCCUGUGCCGCGACUCAAUGGCAAAAUUGCUGGAACACAUCGCAAACAGAAGGUGUUUGCGCAACAAGCAGUUGUGGAGCCUCGUCCUCCUGUGCUGCCACUUAAUGGCAAUAUCGCUGGCACACAUUUCAGACAUGAGUCGUUUCGCCAACAAGCUGUGUUGCAGCCUCUUCCUCCUCUGCGGCCAGUCAAUGGAAGUAUUGGUGGAACUCAUUUCAGAGAUAGGUUGUUUGACCAACAAGUACUUGUGGAGCCUCGUCCUCUUCUGCCGCCAUUCAGUGGCAGUAUCGCUGAAACGCAUUUCAGACAUAGGUCGUUUCCCCAAGAAGCAGUUCUGGACCCUCGUCCUUCUGUGCAGUCGCGCAACGUUUACUCACAACAACUUCACAAUAACUACAGAAACGGUUUCAGCGGUCCUCCUGAAGAACAUCACACCAAAAGACUUUGUUUGGGAAACCGCUACAGAGCUCUAGAAGAAACGGGUAACUGGAGAGAGGAAGAGAGAUACGAAGAUCCCAGAGGAAAACGAAACAGGUAUGUCGGAAACUUUAAUGGGUUAGAAGAGUUUCGUGAAAUCCCCCGGUUUGGAAUUCAUAGUAACCCUUUAGAUGAUCCUUAUAGACAAGUCCCUUUGAAUGCUGGAACAAAUGGUCAUUUGGUUCACCAUAGGCAUGAUGGUAGAUAUAAUGGUGAAGAACCAAUGCAUGUGGGACAAUGGCAAGACUACACUCGUAGAGUUGGUUCGCCACCACUACAACAAACCCCACCACCUUAUGAUAGAGUUAGUUAUGAAGAUUUUCGUCCUCAUUUAGGUAGAUCGUUUUACCAUUAGGGUUUUUGGUCAGCAAAGUUAAAAACCAAUCACCAACCAUUUUUUUAAGAUGUUUAUAACUUCAUAUUAUAUGAAGCCGGAAUCAAUAUUAGAAGGGAAUUGAUGUAACUACAGUUUUGGGUGAUGAGAAAGUGUCAUGAAUGUUGUAUUUUACUGUUUAUUCUGGAUUCGGUUUAAAUUUGGAUUGGAGGAUUUGUAACCAACUUUUAUGUAAGAAAUCAUUUGAAAGUAAAUGUUGUGAAACU